AUGUUUAUAUAUUACAAUUGUACAGAUAUUCUUAAAGUUUGCUAAGCCUAUUCUGAAUACUGUGUUCUAACAAAUUCAGUAUACAAAGUGAUUACACUAUGCGAUAACUACGAUAAUGUUUUUUCAUGCACAUUAGGUAUUAAUGAUACUUAAUGUGGAUGGUUCCAUUAGGUAAAUGCAAAGAUUACACAGUAUAUAGUAAUAUAAAUGAUGCUAACUUAUCAGCAUGUACUAGUUGGGGUUCUACUUGUGUUUCAGAUGGAACUAAAUGUAUUGAUAAAGGAACUUGUUUUUCAUAUCUAAUCCCUUCAGGUUGUGAAAAUGAAGUACUGA